AUGAGCGGACUUGUGAACCGGCAUACAAACUCUAGCCUUCAACUGAAGGCAUCGAGUAUUUUUGCUGAAGUGAAUGGAUUUGCGGCGAGAGUUUUAGCAACACUAACGUAUUACAACGAUUGCGAAUACGACGUGGAAGGGCUUUUUAUUUUCCCGCAAGAUGAAAGGGCUACGGUUGUUGAAUUCGAAGCGACCAUAGAGGAGAGACAUGUUUCAACACAAAUUUCGGAGACAAUCACACGCAACUCCGAAAAACACGCCUUCGCUUUAGAAGAACGAGAUGAUGAUCUGUUUUCGCUGAGUUUGGGGAGAAUUCCUCCACUUAGCUCCGUGUUUGUUCAAGUGACUCUGAUUACAGAGCUGGGAACAGAUGAAGCAACCGGCGGAUCAUUGUUUAUUUUGCCGUCUGUAUUCACCCCUCGCUUGGCGAACGACGAAAAUGAAGAAACGGAUCUGUACGGCUCGCAAAUGCUUAUUACCAACAUUCCUCGCAAGACGCAAGAACCGUACAGCUUUGAGCUUCAGUUAGAAGUAGCCGCGCCGUGUUUAUUAGCUGGCUGCUCUUCGCGAACGCACGCAAUUCAGGUUGACGCCGAUUGCCGGGCAACGAACGCUUCUCGAAUUCACAUCACGAUCGCCGAAGCGCACACUUACGAUCGAGAACUCGAAGUUGUUCUUCAUCUUUCACAUCCGUUUGACCCCUAUGUUCUGAUCGAGGAAGGAAAGAAAAGUUUUAACUCAACGCACACUCAAAUGAAAAUGGACAACUGUGCCAACCAGUCAGAAACACUGGAAGAUUUUCACAAAAAUGCCGCUAUAAUGAUCAACUACACACCAAGACCGCCCUCUGUAAGCGGCAUUGGCGAGUACAUAUUUCUAGUGGAUCGUAGUGGAAGUAUGAGCGGAGAUCAUAUAUUCCACGUCAAAGAAACAUUGAUUUUGUUUCUCAAGAGUUUGCCGACUAACUGUUACUUCAAUGUCAUUGGGUUCGGCUCGUACUAUAGAAGUCUUUUUCAAGACAGCCAGCAAUACAACGAGGCGACCUUAGGAACAGCCUGCGCUUACGUGCACAAAAUGAGGGCCGAUUUGGGUGGCUCGAAUCUCCUUCUUCCUUUGGAGUUCAUCUUUGAAAAGCCGACAAAGCUCGGUGUUGGGAGAACUGUAUUCAUGCUUACCGAUGGAGGUAUAUCGAAUACGGUAGAGGUGGUGGAUUUUGUACGUCGAAAUUCCUAUACAACCCGGUAAGUUUCAAAAAUUUAUUUUGAAUUCUUAAAAUAAUUUUUUGUUGUUGAAAAUCGAUUUCAUCAAGUUCCGGCUAAGGUUUGAAAAACUUGGCACAUUUGAUAUUCAGUACAGGUGAAACUGCUGAUAAUUUCCUCAUGCUAGCCGAAUAUUUUAUUUUUGAACACGUCGAUCCAAGGUGUUACCUUACGGGCUUUUUUAAAUUUAGAUCUUGCGAAAAUGCAUUAUUUUUUGUUUUGACAUAAUUAAUCGCGCUUCGAUCAUGAAUUUUUUCGAUCUUCUAUGAUCCUUUAUUUUUAAGUUUUAAUUCUGCCGUAAAAAAUUUUGGAAUUAGCAAGGCAAGCGAUCUUAGCGAACGAUACGCUCAAAUAAUUGGUUGCUACGGCUCUAACUAACUGGAACAAAGCUUGUUAACCGAUAAGGUGCUUUAAUUUUCAAAUCUCCUUUUCGUCUCUUUCGUCGACAUUUCGUUCAUAUUCAAUGUUUCAAUAGUGUAAAACCAUCGAGUAAACCUCUCUAGUUGUUGUUUUUUGUAAGUAGCUUGUGAUCCUCGAGGUAGUUUUGUAGUUACAUUAUGUCAAUGUAAACGUAUCAAAUGUUUUGAACAGUUGUUAGGCAAGGCCUCCUUUUUUUCCCAAGACUUUUCGAAGUGUGUAUUGUUCGGUAGGUUUUUGCAUGCUCAAGAUUUCAUAAAAUCUGGUGGAGCGAUCGGGUUUUGCUUUCUUUCAAUGGUUUUCUAAAUGUUUAUUUUGAAUUUAAAACACAAGUUCAUUGACUAUGGGUAAUGAGUGUUUUAAAACUGGGAGCGAUCUGUUUCAAUUCUUCUGUCGAGUAAUUUGCUUAGAUCGUUCGUGUUCUAUAAAUUUUAGUUUAGAUUUUAAACUUAUUAAAUCGCCUUAACGAACGGCGGGUUUAUAAAAAAUGAUUUUUGACGUUUUGGAAACGAACGAAGACAAUAUCAGAAUUAUCAUCUGUCAAAAUAUAGCUCGAAGUUUGGGUUUUCAACGCAAAGUAAUUUAUUUUAGUCUGAAGCGGAAGGUUCAUGGAAAUAUGAACGAGAUUCUCAUUGAAGAUAAUAUGAAGUUUUCUCUUUCUCUCCGAUUCCUGGGAAAAUUGAAGAAUACAAACUUGCGGUUACUCAUGUUCGAAUUUUCUUUUAUUAUUUAGACUGGCUAGAGUGUGGUAAACACCUUGAAUAUUUUCAUGUCGUUUAAUAAACUUAGAAUUAAUUUUUAUUUGCUUACAGACAAAUACAAAAUAUAUCAGUUUCAUGAUAUCUUGUGAUCAGAAAAUUUGGUGGAGAGGGCGAAACAAAUAUUCGUAAAUUUGAAUUAAUGCCUCAGACUGGGAAAAUGACACCUUGGAAUUAGGAACAGUUUUCAUCAAAUCUAAAUUUAUAAUUUUCGAUGACUCGUUCAAAACUGAUAUCUGCACGUUUACGAAAAGCUGCACAUAAAAUAAAAAUAUAUACAAAUAAAUGAAUGCAAAAUAAUUAAACAUGUGAAGACUAAUUCUGAACGCAUAGCAUGAAAGUUGUCACCGGAUAGGCCCACAAUGUGGUUUGCAUACGAAUUAUUAUUUCGAACAAAAGAUGAUAGUUGGAACAGGUGGUACCAUUUGAAAGAUCGAGCGAAAGUAGUGAAUUUUAACCUGCAGAUUGGACCGGAGAUGGUUAAUCUCGAUAAGAAAGACCUGCCGACGCAAUUGCUUAUCCGCCACGAGUCAUUUUUGGAGGAUAAAAUGAACUCGGUCAUUAACUAUCCGGGAACUACCUUUUAUAAUUAUAAUUAGAUUUGCCUUUCGCACGAAAUUUUCUUGCGAAUUAGAAGGAAUUGUUAGUCGCAGAAAGUUCAAGAUGAUUUGGAUGUUCUUCGAACGUAGACAGGAAAAAAAGAUCUUCAGUCCCCAACCUGAACUGCCAAAUUUGUCGAAGUGUAAUUAUUAUUGUUAUUUUUUAAUUUUUGCUAUUGCUGAUAGCAAAAGCUUUAGCUCUUAAAAAGUAGCCGAUUUUUCGGAUGUCAGCGUUUGUCCGUCGGCGAGGGAACUUUAAUCUUACGCUCUGAUAAAAGAGAGAUUUUAACGACUGCUUUCAAAGCAUUUGGACAAGAGCUGCCUGACACUUCAUUAAAAGUUUUUUUUGGCAGUUUGUACAAUGAAUUUAAUUUACCUAUUCUUGUAAAAACGAAAUUCAACCUUACUGUUUAGCUCGUUACAUUACUGACGUCGAUGCUACAGCUGCAAAAAUUGUUUGAAUUUCAAAAAACCCAAUUCUACCAAAAAUAAGUUAAUCUAUUUAUUGUGUAACACCGUAUUUCAAGAACACUUGAUAUGUGUAGGUGCUAAUAGAACGACGGCAUAUACAUAUUUUUGAGGAGUGUCUAAGUACCGCUACUUGUUCCUUUGACGGAAAGGCACGCACCUCCAUAAAGUGAAUACGUACGUCCUCUACAAGAGAGGACUAAAAACACCUUCAAACCAAGCAAAGUAGAAAACGUCACUUGACUUUAGACUCCUCUCAUAAACGGAGACUCCCUCAUUCAUGUAAUUCAACCUCGACAAUCUAGCCUCGACAACGACGUGUUUAGGUAGAAUUCUCCCUCAGAUACAAGGCCAAGAAGGCUUGUUUAAUAAUGCCCGCCCUUAUUAAAGUGGACUGUCAUGGACCUGUUAGAAAAUCAAUUGAAAAUUUGCAACGUGCAGUCUCUGAGAGAGGGUUAAAGUAGCUAUGGGGAAAGCGUUAUAACAAUCAAUAAAAUAUUUUAACAAAAUUGCUAUCACUGCAAUCCAAGUAUUCACUGCGUGCUUUUGAAGUCGUAAUGGACCUAUCCGAACACUAAGAGGAAAAUUUUUCGCCGUUGUCAAGUGGGCCAGAUACACAGCGGAAGACAAACCCGGCACAUGUAAUUGAAACUGAGCGUACGUAGAUCGCGACAGAAUUUCCCCUUCUUGAAAAGAUAAUAAAAUGUUUUACCUCCGCAGCUUAGCAAAUCUUUAAUUAGCAAGAAACGUUAGCGAACUCAGAGCUCUGGAAAGUUAUAAAUUUUAAAAAAAACUUUGAUUCUAAUUUUCCUAUUCUCUUGAAACAGCUGAAAAGAACUAUUCGUUGUUUCGUUCAACUGGAAGUGUUUUUUUCAAUUUUUUCCAUGUGCGCUUCCAGGUUCUACACGUUUGGGAUUGGACCGGAAGCUUGCCCCCAUUUGGUUCAGGGCGUUGCCGGUGCUGGAAGAGGGCAAGCAUACUUUAUAGCGGAUGAUGAGCGGAUGCCAGUCAAAGUAAAUAUGCAUUUAAAAUUUAAACCAAUCCCGAUUUGGCCAUCAGCGUUUUCCCGCGCUUUUGGCCCGUCUCGUGUGUUUACUUUGAGUUCUGAUUGGUUCCUUGCAAAAUUUUACCUUUUUUUUUUCCUGAUUGGCUGUUUUGAUCAACCUCGUUGUUAAGACUUUUCCCUUGAUUUCCAGCCCUUUCCCAAUUUUCUUAGGAAAAGCUCUGGGUCUGAAAUUGCGAUGAAAUUGCAUGUAUUAUAUCUCUACUGAAUUCGAUUGACCUGCGCUUUCACGCAGGUCAGAAGUGUAGCUUGCUCACCAUUAUUGACAGUUAAUGAAAAUUUUUUCCCUCAUUAAGCCUUUCUCCUCUAAAGUGACUAUCAGUUAAUUCUCUUAACAAUAUUAACCCGGAGCCAAACAUUACAGUCAUGGGAAUGAAGAAACUGAUCGAAAACUUACGAAGCUCUAGAUCACUGAACGAAUUCUCCCUAUUAACACCGUCGGAAAUACGGAGAAAAGAGUUGGGAGAAUAUGCAGACCAAAGUUAGGAAAUGACAGGUUAAUUGGAUACUCCAUUGUAAGGUACUACUUCGGGUGACGAUGGUUUCUUUUGGUUUGUUUAGUAGUGCAUAGUCCAAGUCUUUCUAAGGAUGUGUUGCAAAUUUUAGUACACGUUUUCUGAAAAAUCGAAAGCGUGCAAUGCAUGGAGUGUGACAAGUGUGAUAUAGCAUUCUACGAAAUCUGCCUUUUUUUUAAAGCUACUUUUUUCUGUUCUUAGGUGAUGCAAGCACUGGCAGAUGCACUUCAGCCCGCGAUUACGGACCUAGAGGUCAGCUGGCACCUUCCUGAUGGUUAUGACGUCAUUCAAACCCCUCAACUUCUGCCAUUCGUACAGAAUAAUAAACGCCUUGUGAUAUACGGCAUCUUGUAUCGGCCCCCAGGGGACGAAAAAGAAUCUCCUAGAACACCCAUCAAGCGGAAAAUGGACUGGAGUAUGAGGUCGUUUUCAAACAGCUCUGUCAAAGUUUUUUGGUUUGAAGACGAGUGUGAUCUCCUUGCGGAGGACCAGCUGCUGUUGGAGGCGGAGGAAUCGCUUCAUUUGAGCGGAGAUGACUUUGAAAAGGACGAAAUUUACAGAGUUGAAGGGGAGCUUCCGAUGCAGGACGGCUUCGAUGCUGAGAUGGAACCAGAUACAAUAGAAGCCCUCGCUGAUGGUCUUCUUAAGCGCAUGUACAAGGAAUUUAGCCAAGAAAAAGAUGAUGAAGCUGAUGAUGGGAAAGGACAAUCCUCAGACGCACUCCAAAGCAACGAACAGUGCGGAUCUUGUGACGCCAAAGAAUGGGAUCCCACGACAGGCCAGCCGUCGAACAACCCGGAACAACGCGAACGGAAUAAUAAUGCUUUGCACUCAAUCAAUUACAGACCAGCAAACAUGUUAUUACAAGACAUCGUGUCGGACGGGGUUCUCAAUGAUGAAGAUAUUCCUGAGAACCAAGAGCCCGCUGAUAAUUCCCAUGAGCAACAGCGAUCGCCAAAGCUUGCGCGCGCUUACGAGCGUGACAGCGGUGUUGGUUUCAGUAUGGAAGACAGUGACAAAAGUCCGGAUGAAAGCAAGAACACCAUAGCAGAGCUAGACGGAGACUUGGAGGAAAGAGACGAAGAAGCAAACGCGUGGUUUCGGAAUAGUAGCAGUCCCGCCAUGGAGGAAUUCGACUGCUCAAGAAAAACAGCCGUCCACAUUUACAAAAACAGCGAAUUCCUGUCGCAGCUUGGCGUGCCAGCCGACUUUGGUGCAGUAAACAUUAAGGGAUUUGUCGGCGACGAAGAAAUGGAACAAGUCAUUCCAUUUCCAGUGAACCGAUGCGGUGGCUCUUCAAAGCGUCCCACAAUCCACCAGCUUUUGGCACGUUCGCUCAUUCGGGAACUGCAGUCUUCUGUAGAGUCGAGGAGUGCGGAGACCAUUGAUGUCGUGAAGAGGAUUAGCGAGCUGUCCAGCGUUCAUUCCAGGCACACAGCGCUAGUCGCACGUGACCAAUAUUGCUAUGACGAUCAAGUCUUAAGCGCUUUGCAGUUCCCUCAGAAAGAAAAUAUACCAGGCUUUGGGUGAGUAGAAAACUAAUUUGACAAACUAUUCAAUUUUUGCGUUAGGGGUCAUUUUGACAGCAAAAUAUGUAAUUUAUGAAGACCGCCUUAUGAAUGGUUAUUGCAAAUAAUUUCAUUUCAUUUUUGUUGGUUAUUUAAAGGAGUCGCAAAGUUAAAGUACUUGAGCGAAGCUCUGGAUUUACGGAGGGCCUGGGACGACGUUUACCCAGUCCAGAUGGCAGCGACCACGAUAUCUCGCCAUAUUUUGCCGAAGGAAGAACUAACUCUGUCUACGAGUCAGGGGAAGAGCCUUUGGAUUUUUAUCGCUUGGAGCGAACGGGUAAAUAAUUUAUUUUGUUUUCCAUCGCAGAAUGAACCACAUAAACGCUUAUCGUACUUAUGCGGAGUAAUUUGCAUUUUAAAGGUACUCCAGAAAGUCAGCCCGAAGAAUGUGGACCACGAAAAGAAUGUGACAGUUCCCUUUCAUCUCCUAGCAGAAGUCCUCGCAAGCAAAUCCCUCCUUUGUCCACGAGAUGCGUGUUGGGUGAAAGGCAGCAAAAUCCUUCAAACAUCAAACCCAAACUCCUUAAGUCCUCUAGCCUAGACACCUAUUGGUGUUCUGGGGUCAAACAGCAUCUGUCUUUUGUGCGCAUGAUCAGUUUACAGUCUGCUCAGGGAAACUGGAACCUGGAUUAUGCCUUUGCGCAGGUCCUGGGGCUGCCACUUGCCGGCCUCCAACAAGCCUCUCCGCUGGCCGACAACUCUGUUUUUGUCGCCGAAGAUCUUCAAGAGCUGAUGAAUUCCGAUAAGUGCGACAACAGUUCACAGCUGUGGGCUACUUCACUUGCACUGAGCUGGUUGCAUCGUAAGAGACCCCAGUUCGAGGCCGAGUGGAGUCUGGCAGCGAAAAAGGCUGAGCAGUGGAUGAAGGGGACGUCUUGUCCACGCGGGUUCUUGAGGGAUGAUUUGAAAGCCCUCGCCUAUCAAGCGCUUCUCUUACUCGAGACAGAGUCGCGGAAAACAUCAGUGUGUGACGCACCCCAAGGAAAAAUAGGUGCCUGUGAAUGAACUCUAUUCUGAACCAGGUCACUGAGGGAUCGGUCAUUAUUUAUUCUGGGGGGGAGGGGGGUUGGAAGAUUUUGGUUGCGUCCCGAGAAAAUUGACCUGAUGCCCUCAUAAGGCUUUGCAAUAUUCUCACUGGUUUCCCCCCCCCCCCUUCCUAAUUGGCUGUUAGUUGGUAGGCCAUUUACCGUGGUCCUCCCAAUAUUCUCAGUGCCGACGACCAAUUCCUUCUCCGUUCCGUCUGAUGACCAUGUGAUCCCGACCGAAAUCCUCCCCCCCUGCCCCCGGCGAAAGAUCAUGACUGGUCCUUUGGACGAAAUGGAUCUUAAAAGAGAAUUGUGCUCCAUAAAACAUCUCAUUUUUAUCUUCGUCGUUGAUAAAAAGUAUUGAUAAAUUAUUAAACUAAUCAAUUUUGACUUUUUAAAGAACUUAACCCUCCGCACUUGUCCUAAUGUGCUAUUUAUAUCAAAAUAAGCUUUGAAAUUGACUCAGUAACCUAACCGCUGAUCUGUGACGUAACUCGUCUGUCUUUUCCUUGUUUUCACCCUUCUGGUCAACCCCAAAAAGGAGUUGUUACCUCAACUUGCUUCUAGUGGCGGAGAUAAACAUUUUAAUGUUUCGGAGUAUACUUCUUAAGCGCUUUCAGAUGCUAAUACUUUUGGCUUUAUCGAGGAAACGUUUACGGUGACAAAUGAGGAAAUUUUCAAUUCAAUGAAUUGUUAAUUCAGAACUGAUAGGAAGACAAGAGACUGCUGGCGGUCUUGCAAAUUUUGCUUUUUCUGGCUCUUACACAGUAUACGUCACAUUAUUGUUUUCAUUGUUUUCUUAUUUCCGGUUGUAAUGAAGUUCUAUUGUGACGUAUACUGUGUCUCGUACAGCAAGUAAGAGCCCUUUUCCUUUGAGUGCACUGUAGCCUAAGGCAAUUAUUGUACAUACUGUUGUAAGUAAGACAAACAGGGUGAUGAUUACGCUGGGGGAUUCGUAACAUAAAUUUGAGUCUUAUUAGGUAUUAAUUUUCAAUUGAGCGCCGAAAGUAAUCCGGGACUGUGAUUGGACUGAAAAACUUGCGCCACUUUCUCAACCAAUCAGAUGAAAAACUAAAACCAAUCACGACUUAGUCGCCCGCGUUUUCCCGCGCUUUAGGCAGUUUGGUUGCUUUCACUUUGAGUUCUCAUCAGCCCUUCGAGGUAUUUUCCUUUUUUUUUUUUUUUGGUUUCUAUCGACAUUCAAUUGAAAAGCACUAAAGCACGACUUUUCAAACUAUCAUGUCAACGCGACGAAAGCUACAAAAUGUUAGUUCAGUUCGUGCGAAACUGGAAAACUUCAAAGCAAGAGGAUUAAGCCGGAUGGGAACGGUUUUGAUAAAGGAUGGAGAUGACUGACAAGGAUAGAUGGCUGACGAGUGGUUGAAUAUUUCAACUUGCUCAAAGCAUAAUUAGCGUUACUCAAUCCUUGAACAAUAUUGUACUAAGCUGGGCGGAAACACCUCAGCCUCGUCUUUAGGGGGUUUUCUAGGUCAGUUUUUCAUCUUGGAAAGUGUUCCGGAAAAUCCACGAGGAAAGAGAUUGUAAAUAUCUUCGUUCUUUCUUCCGCCGACCUUUUUGGGAGAAACGGGGAGGGCAUAAGAAAGAGAAAGCUCGAUAAAGAGGUUGACGCGUUAACAAGUUUGGGG